AUGUCUCCGGCAAUAUCCCACCUUCGCGUGAAAGGGUUCGGUAUCUUUGCUGCGCUUCUUUAUGCUUCGUCUGUUAUAGCUUCAAAUGAUAACACAGGCAAUACCUUUGAUGUUUUGGAUUAUGUCGAUCCUUUUAUUGGUACCGCAAAUGGGGGCCACGUCUUUGCAGGCGCAACACUGCCAUUUGGCAUGGCAAAAGCCGUUGCCGACACAGCUGGCGAGAAUCAAGCCGGUUUUGCAUACGACGACUUGACUGUCACGGGCUUCUCGCAUAUGCACGACUCAGGCACAGGGGGUUCACCAUCAUUAGGCAAUUUCCCCAUCUUUGCUCAAACCUGCGAUAACAUUAACGAAUGCAAUUGGCAACAAUCUGAUAGAGCUGUGGGCUGGCUGGAAAAUGAAAAAUCACCUCUGGCAAGACCCGGAUACUUUGCCAUCUCACUCGAAAACGGAGUGCAUGCCGAAAUGACAACCACCAACCGAUCUGCUUUGUAUAGAUUCACCUUUGACAAUUCUUCUAGCAGUUCCCUGAGCCCGGUGAUUUCAGUAGAUUUGAUGGAUCUACCGCAGUCACGGACUAAUGGAACUGCUGUUGUGGACAAAUCAACUGGACGACUGAGCGGAAAUGGUACUUUCAGUCCAAGCUUCGGCAUUGGAAGUUAUGACCUUCACUUCUGCGUUGAUUUUAAGGGGGCUGAACUCCGUGAUACAGGAGUCUGGGUCAAAAAUCGCGCCAAUUUUAGUCAAGAAUUUGUUUCAAUGCUGGCUGAUGGCACAAACACCCCAGCUACUCUAUCAGGUGGCACAUUUGCGAGGUUUCACGCCCCCCAAAACAAUACCCUCCUGGCUCGUGUAGGGGUCAGUUUCAUCAGUGUCAACCAAGCUUGUGAAAAUGCCGAGAAAGAACAGCCUGACUUUGACUUUGAUGGAACUCUGGCAGUGGCUGAAGAUGUUUGGAGGAGAAAGUUGAGCGGCGCUGUCUCCGUAGAUUCUCAGGGAGUAUCGAAGGAAUUGCAAACAGUUUUCUGGAGCGGUUUAUACCGGUCCUAUAUUUCCCCACAGGAUUACACUGGCGAAAAUCCCCUCUGGGAGAGUGACGAGCCAUACUACGAUAGCUAUUAUUGCAUUUGGGAUUCAUACCGAAGCAUCCACCCACUCUUGACAAUAGUCGACCCUGUGUCACAGUCUCUCAUGAUGCGCAGUCUUGUCGAUAUCUACCGACAUGAAGGAUACUUACCCGACUGUCGUAUGUCCCUCUGUAAGGGCUUUACCCAGGGAGGUUCCAACGCAGACGUACUCAUGGCAGAUUCUUAUCUCAAAAAGAUACCCGGUAUCGACUGGGAUACUGCCUACGAAGCUGUUGUGAAAGAUGCCGAAGUGGAGCCUAAGAAUUGGGGCGUAGAGGGACGUGGUGGCUUACACAGUUGGAAGAGCCUUGGAUACGUCCCUGUCGACGAUUAUGAUCCCUAUGGAGUGGGUACCCACACUCGCAGUGUCUCUCGAACGGUGGAAUAUGCGUAUAACGAUUUCUGUAUCGCUGAAAUGGCCAAGGGAAUGGGACAUUCGGCCGACCACGACAAAUAUAUCGCACGAAGUGGAAACUGGGAGAAUUUAUUCAAAGCAGAUCAGAAGUCCAGCAUCAACGGAGUCAACACCGGUUUCACUGGAUUCCUACAGCCUCGCUAUGCAAACGGUACUUGGGGUUACCAAGAUCCCAUUUUCUGCAGCCCUCUUCUCAACUUUACCUCUUGCUACCUCAAUCCUGAAGGUCAUGAGACAUAUGAAGGAAGCUCAUGGCUAUACAGCUUCUAUGCCCCACACGAUAUGGGAGGUCUGAUUCAGAGUCUCGGAGGCAUGGAAACUUUUACCUCCCGGCUCCAGUUCCUCCACGAGUCUGGACUUCUAUAUGUGGGCGACGAGCAGGCUUUUCUCCCAGUCUUUCAAUUCCACUACUCGGGGCGGCCUGCUUUAUCUUCGAAGUUCAGCCACUCUUACAUCCCAUCCCAAUUCAAUACUACUGUUGAAGGCAUUGCCGGUAACGAUGACAGUGGAGCCAUGGGGUCGUUUGUUGCUCUUUCAAUGAUAGGUCUCUGGCCGGUGGCUGGAAUGGACACCUACCUUAUAAAUCCUCCCUAUUUCAGAGAGGUGAAUAUUACGAAUGGCCUUACUGGUAAGGUGGCGACGAUCCGGAAUAUUAACUUUGACCCUACCUACGAAUCGAUUUAUAUUCAAAGUGUGACAUGGAAUGGCAAGCCUUGGACUAAGAACUGGGUGACACAUGACUUCUUUACAGAUGGUGGACUUUUGGAGCUAGUUUUAGGUCCAACAGAAAGUGCAUGGGGAACCAACACUGAUGACCUCCCUCCAAGCCUUUCUGAAUACCCGAAAAAAUGA